UGGCGUUACUGGUGCGAGUCCUUAGGAACCAAACUAGCAUCACCCAGUGGGUUCCAAUAUGCAGCCGAUUGAUACCUGUUUCUCCUACCCAAGAACAGUGGGGCAGGAUGCUGCCUGGCACUUCUCAGAUACUCCUUUAUUAAAAGGAAAAUGAUAAGCCAGUCCCUAGCAUGUGGUGGAUCAGAACAGAUUCCUGGAGUAGACAUACAGAUGAGUAGAAAGUAUCACACCACAAACAAGCUUCUUACUGUGAAGGAUUCCCCACAGCCUGUCGAGGAGAAGGUUGGUGCCCUCACAAAGAUCAUCGAAGCCAUGGGAUUCACUGGACCUUUGAAAUACAGUAAAUGGAAGAUUAAGAUUGCGGCCCUGCGCAUGUAUACUAGCUGUGUGGAGAAAACUGACUUCGAGGAAUUCUUUCUAAGGUGUCAGAUUCCUGAUACAUUCAAUUCCUGGUUUAUUAUAACCCUACUUCAUGUCUGGAUGUGUCUAGUUCGAAUGAAGCAGGAAGGCCGGAGUGGGAAAUACAUGUGUCGUAUCAUAGUUCAUUUUAUGUGGGAGGAUGUUGAGCAGCGUGGCAAAGUCAUGGGGGUUAAUCCCUAUAUCCUGAAGAAGAACAUGGUCCUCAUGACAGAUAGUUUCUAUGCUGCAAUCUUGGGAUAUGAUGAGGGGAUUCUUUCAGAUGAUCAUGGGCUGGCUGCUGCCCUUUGGAGAACCUUCUUCAACCAGAAAUGUGAAGACCCUCGACAGCUUGAAUUACUGGUGGAAUAUGUGAGGAAACAGAUGCAGUACUUGGACUCCAUGAAUGGUGAGGAUCUGCUUCUGACAGGGGAAGUGAGCUGGCGCCCUCUAGUGGAGAAGAAUCCUCAGAGCAUCCUGAAGCCCCAUUCCCCAACUUAUAACGACGAAGGUCUCUGAUGGCUGGUCCCUCCAAAAAGCUGGGCAACUGGCUUGAGGAACCUCCAGGAGAGAGAUGGCUGUUUUGCCCAGGACUCAGCAGAAAGUAGCCUGAACUGACCUUUGAACAGCAUCUUCAACUACCUGGCUCCAUUUGUAUUCAUUUUCCUCUUAAUGUGCCCAGGAGUCUGAGCUGGUGGGGUACAGUGCUGAGAGAACCCCUAGCUCUUCUGGGGUGUCCUCUUCCUUAGAGAAGCACUGAGCAAGAGCUCUCCAGCACAUACUCCCCAAGUCCCCUUCCAGCCACUAUGUGUGGCUGACAACUUUUCCCAAAGGCCUGGGAAAGGAUGGGGGUAGAUCAGAAAGGGAUACCCCCACCAAGGGCCCACUGUGGCCUAGGAGCAGUUUGUAAUGCUGCUGAGUCAUGAUGGGUAACCACACUUCUGUCCCCUGACAUUGAGCCAUGGGUGAGUUGGCUAUUAAAAGAAAGAGAGACUUGUCUCUGCCAUGGCUCUUCUUUAUUGUAGUGUCUUUUAGAAACGUAGCUGAGAUGGUGAUGCCAUGAACUGAGGAGUACCGCCCGGCUCAGAUAGAGACAGGGAGGGGGGAGGGUCUCUGUUGCUGCCUUUGUCCAGUUUAUGGAGAUGUGUCACUGCUCCAGCCUGCCAGGCCCUAGCCUCUGGGACCAAGGAGGUCUCUGGUGGCCAAGGGGCCAUCCGAAGUCAUUUGGAAAGAGGCCUCAGAAAUAAACUUCCCUAUGUCACCCCCAAUGAACAGGGUGAGGAACAUGCUGUCUUUCCUUUCUCAGCCCUCCUUAUGUGAGAUAUUGGGGAGAAAAGGAGAACCUUCCUUCUGGCUUAGUUCCACCGUCCUAGGCCCCAGCCCCUGUGCCCUGCGUUCUGUCCCCUUCCCAGCUUCGGGGCUUGUGGUGCAGAACCACCACAGUCUGAGCAGUGGACGACCAGUCGGCUCCUCCCUCUGAGCACGGGCCAUCUCCUGGGGGAGUUUCUUUAAAUUGAAAAAGGGGGUGGGGAGUCAUAUUGUUCACCCCUCCCCCAAUCAAACUUUCUUCAUUUAACUUGCUAUAAAAUGAGUCAUAGAAAGAAACUGUAUAUGGCUGAGGUAUAUCCCACUUCUGUGAAAACAUUACAAGUCAAACCGCCUUCUCUGGGUUUAUUUAAGAUGCUUUUGUUGCAAGCGGAGCUCUGUGGUGAAGCCUUCACUGUGUGUAUGAGAUAAUAACACCUUGUAACUCAUUACAGCUGGGCACUAUUUACAUAAACCAGAGCUGAGCCAGGCAGGAAUUUGCUGAUUAAUUUAUUUUUAAUGGAGUGAAGUAUACCAUGCACCAAAAUAAACUUUACUGUGUGUACCUAACUGCCCCUGGAAUGGAUGGAAAAAUUAAUGGAACAGAUUUUGGCUCCCAACUCUACACAUUAAUUCAUAUAUAAAAGUUAUUUGAGUCUUAACCCAUUUGCUGCCCAGGGCAGCUCCCCAGCCACAGAUCCCAGCCCACAGUACCAGUUCAGCUACUGGGCUUGCUUUAGAAUUUGGGAAUCUCAGAUGUGGAAGGAACUUUAAGGUCAUUGAGUCCAGUCUCUGUCCACUACUUGGCUCCCCUUUUCAACAUCGCAGCUGGCCUAUAUUUAUAGAGGCCUUGUGUGAAGAAUCCCUCUAGCACUGGAUAGCUCCUGUCUCCAGAGCCAAGUCCUUGCUCCAUAGAACGGCAGUCAUCAUCAGAUGCUGUAACUCCUAAUUAAGGAAUCGCAUUUGGAAGAGCCAGAUUGUAUCUAUCGUGUCUGGUGUCCCCAAGCCCUCACUUCCUGGCCAUCUGCAUUUCCACCGACUAUCCUAAUCCUUCUUGCCUUCAAGAUAAAAUCCAGACAAGGCUCUUCAUAGUCUGCCCCCUGCCUCCAUUUCCAGCUUGUUAUGAGUCCCUAACCAUUUCUUCUCUAAGCGAAUAGAACCACUUGUGGUAACCUGGAGGGGCCACACUGUGUUUCCUCUACCUGGAACCUUCUUCCUUCCCUCUUCUGACUAGAGAAAUCCCAUGCUUCCUCACAUAUCACCUCCCGUUCAUCCUAGGCACAGGCACGCUCUUUGUGGUGCUCCUACAGUAUAGUAUGCUCUGCUCUGUUAGUACUCACACUCCCAAGUUGAAAUUAUUUGUUUACAUACCCACCUUCCGUACUGCACUGUGAGUUCCUUCAAAGAUGAUGAGAUUGUGUUGAGAUUGGUCACCUUUGUUUUUCUAGCACUCAGCAGAUUGCCUGACUCAUAGUAAGCAUCAGUAUAAAACGUAAGAAAGAAUGAAUGACUAAAUCAACAAUUAUCAGUACAAGCCCAACAAAAAGGCCCCUUUCUGGACCAUUCUCUCUGCAGUUCAGUUUAUUUUCACAACUAAGUGUUAAGCACCUCCUCUGACUUCAGUACAGGAAUCAAAACCAAAAGGUCUUUGCAUAGCUAAAUGUUUUUCUAAUGUAAAUUGUUAUUAUACAAAACAAGUGAAGGGCGUGAUUUCUUGCACUCAGGGUGAUUGUUCUCUAGGAAUAAUUUUGUUGUUUGUACUCUAUAUCCUUCCAGAAAGGAUCAAAGCAAAUUACAGUAAGAGACACAAUUACAGUAAAACUAUUAAAACAAAGUUUAAAAGAUAAGAUGCAAGUAUUGGGAGGAAAAUAAUUAUUGAAAACCUAGGCAGCUAAUGGCCAACCUUCAUAUGAAAUUUUUUUGUAAUUUAUAAAAUAUUUUAAAUGCACUGUCUCACAACAGUCCUGUAACAUGGGUAUUAUCCCCAUCAUUGUGUUCAUCCCCUUUACCCAAGUGAGGCUAGAGAGUUAGCCAGGGUAAGGAGAGGGUUAAGAGUGUGCUCCGGCCCAGUUGUCUGGCUCCAGGGCCCCCUGCUCUCUCCUCAUUCCACAAGGCCUCCCUCAGGUCUUGAGGAAACCUACUGCAAUUGAGUGUAGGAUCUUGCUCUGAGCUUCCUGGCAGCCGAAGGUAGAAAAAAGAAAGCCUUAAGAUUACGUACUUACCGGCAUGUAGAAGGAAGUAUACCAAUUCAUCAGAAGGUACAAACAUUUUCCUUACUCUUCAGAGCAGAAUGUACUAUAAGGAAUUUUAAGCGAGAAACACUGACCAACAGAGUGAACAGCACCCCUAAGAUUUCAGUUUUACCUAAAAAAUUUUAAAAUAAUAAAUAAUUGCUAUUUCUUGCAUCAAGCUGAGAUUAAAGCCAAGGUCAUGUUCAGCCAAUGUUUUUGAGUAACUGUUCUGUGACAGACACAGCUUGGUAUUUUUACUCAUUAUCUCAUUUAACCCUCAGUGACAGUCCUGUGAGGUAAGUAUUAUUAGCUCAUGUUCCAGCUAAGGGAAACUGAAGCUUGACGGGUGGGGGGCAUACGUACCCUGUGUGCAGACUCGAGUUGUCUGCACUGCUUCUAGUUCUAAAAAGCAGUUGUAGAUGGGGAAGGAGCACUUGUGCUAUGUCAAAAAGUAAAGAGAAACCUAAAGCAAUAUUCUAGCCAUAUGGGCUUGUGUGGGUAGAUGCAUAUACUAGAACAAGGGGUUAAUCAGAAAAGCCAUGAAGGGAGUUCGGACAUAAAGAAUUUUUUAGGUAGGUGGGAAGUUUUAGGUGGGAAGAAGCGAGGAGCUG